AUGAAUAGUGCAUUUACUAAUUUAGACAGUGAAAUUAAUUUGAGUGAAGAAAUGAAGUCAUUUAGUGUACUCAUACAAGAAAAAAGACAAACAAAAACUAUACUAUUAACAAUCUUGCAAGAAAUACGAGGCUUAAAUAAUGCUGAAGAUGCUAUUGAUAAAGAAAAUGAAGAUAAAGAGCUUAUAGAUGAAGAAAUGAUAUAA